GCCAGAAACGAGGCGGCACUGGGGAAUAUGCGUCGGGCACGAAAGGAAACAGCAGGUGGAGAGAACAGGCUGCAGCGACACCACCACAGCCCCGCACUGAGACACCGCGCAGAGGGCGGGACGCACUCCGAGCCGCUCGCUGCGGGGCACGGGCAGAAAGAGCCCAGCAUUACCUGGCCCCCAGGCGCAGAGAAGUCCACCACACCCCGCAGGUCGGACGCGUCGCGCUGCCGAUAGAAACGAAAGAGCCGACGGAAUGCAUCCUCCCCGCCCUCGCGGGUCAGGGCCGCCGCCAUUUCGGGCCGGCCGGGGCGGGGCCGCCCCUCCCUCUCUCCGUCCCUCCCUCUCACUGCAGUCGCGACAUGGCGGCGGCCAGUGCGGUGCGGGCGGCUGGGCGCCGCUCCCGGCAGCUCUUUGAUAUCUUCGUGGCUGAGAUUCCCUGGACGGUAUCGAGCAAGGAGCUGAAGGAAUACUUCUCCCAGUUCGGGUCGGUGCAGAGGUGCCAGCUGCCAUUCGACAGAAAUACAGGCUUUCACAGACGUUAUUGCUGGAUUAAAUUCUCAACUCCAGAAGAAGUUCAGAAUGCGUUACAGAAGGACUCCCACAUUCUUGAAGGUUCCAAGCUCACUCUCAAACAGCAGAUCCGUAGAAGACACAGUCAGAGAAGGAAUCCGAGUGAGUGAGUGGUGGAAGGAGGCUUUAUUUCACUAAAUGUAAAGAAACUAAAUAAAGAUUACUGA